CCACGUCAAUCCUGAAGAAAUCCAAGCGGCUGAAGAAGAACAAUGUGGAGUUUGACCGGGUCACUGUGUUUUACUUCCCACGCUGCCAGGGCUUCACGAGCGUGCCUAGCCGUGGGGGCUGUACCCUGGGGAUGGUGAGCAAACACAGCUCCUCCCGGCAGUUCACACUGGCAGAGUUUUCAAAGGAGCAGGAAAACGUCCGGCGGGGCAAACUCGAAGAGAAGUUAAAAGAGGAGAAGUUGGAAGCGUUGAAAUGGAAACUCACCAUGAACGGCACCAAGGAGUCGGAGGAGGCCAACCAGCUGACCAUCGAGGACAUCUCCGACGACGACAUCGACGUCAGCAGCGUGGACCUGGAGGACGGCUUCUUCCUGCAGCCCUACCCCGCCAAGAAGAGGCGCGCGCUGCUCAAGGCCGUGGGCGUGAAGAAGAUCGACAAGGAGGAGAAGCGGGAGCUGCACAGCAUCCGCCUGUCGCGGGAGGACUGCGGCUGCGACUGCCGCGAGGUCUGCGACCCCGAGACCUGCAGCUGCAGCCUGGCGGGCAUUAAGUGUCAGGUACAGCCUCAGCCCUGGGCACGGCGGGAUGCCGUG